ACAAUCAGAAGCGUGUGCUAUUACACUACAAUUAUUAUUCAAAUCAUUAGCAGGAUACGGGUUUUCUUUUUCAUAUUUGCUUGCGGAAUAAUGGCAUUUUCUAUUGCCAUUUUGCACAUGGUCCAUGCUUGUUCCAAUGAUGAAUGCAUGAAAGCCCCAUUCCCAAAGCACUUUUUUUACGCGCUUUCCGCAACUUACUUCUUCAUGGCCGGAAGAUAUGAUUCCGUGAACGACCUUCUAAAUGAACCAGAAAACUGGACUCUUCACUUAAUGAUGAUGAUUUACGUACUUUUUACAGUUAUCCUGAUGCUGAAUGUCCUUAUUGCCUUGAUUAACACUGGAUUUACUGAAAGUGAAACUUGGGUCCAAACAUGGCUUGUGAAUCGGCUCCGGUACGUCGAAAGUGCAGAGAAUCUGUCUUAUCAUAUUGCAGGAUUCAGACGAAAGUACAAUUGGUUUCCAAAAGCCAUUUACUAUACAGCCUCAGAACAACAAGUCAGCGCCUUUAUGAAGAGAAUUGACAACAUGGAAACCUCGAAGGAGAACGACAGUAUACAGAGUCGGUUGUCGAACAUUUCUUCUGCUGUCGAUCAAUUAAAAGCAAAUAUGGUCAUAAGCGGUCCUUCUAAUAAAAGGCAUUCUAAAGAUGAGGAUAAAGACCACUUGCCAAGCAGCAUAGGCGCCACGGAGAGAAUGCAGACUUUGGAAUGUCAUGUGGAGGAGUUGAAGGUUCAACUAACGACAUCCCAGGCGCAUAUGGAUAGACGAAUUGAUGAUAUUCAGAAGCAAAUGAAACAAAUUAGCGAUCUGCUUCUAAAAGCUCUACCCAGCGAAGAGUAGGCGCUGCAUUAAAGCAUAGAUCUACCAGAAUAUGCAAUAGCUUGGAGAGCUUGCCCCCCAAGUGAUUUAAUAUACUGCAGAUAUCGAUACCCAAAUGUUCUUUACUAUUUUCAUUUUUUCAUUAAGUUCAUCGACGAGAUUCGUCUCAUUCCUAGCUGUAUUCUCAUUUACUUAUAUAUUUUAAAAUAAAGACUGCC